AUGUACAUACAUAAAUAGAAUCUUAACAAUCACCACCGCCUACGAAUAUACAUACCUACCUUGGUAUGUACGCAUUUUUAAGAACCUGAAAUUUAAUCAAGCAAUUUAUACAAUUUCGGAACGCUCAGAGUUCAAUUCGUACAUAUGUGUGUAUGUAUGUACUCUGAUGUCAAUGAUGGAAGGGGAAAGAAAACGAAUCUUUUUGAUAGAGCUGUGUGGCAACAUCAAAAGAAGCAUACAUUGAACCAACUGUGGAAAGUGCACAAAAUCGAAGGUUGCAGCGCCUACGCCUGACGCAGGUCAAUAAGCGCAUCGAAAAGGGCGAACAUUCGGCCAGCUGCGCUGCGCUAUACAUAUAUAGUAUGUCCACAUGGAAGGGUAGUUGUGGCGGCAAGUGAAGGAAAAGCAGAAAGCAUGUUACGCAAGCCAAUGCAAGCUACGUCGUACGUCGAGCAGGAAAAAAUAACAAAGAAAAAGAAAAACAGGAAAAAAACUGAAGCAUCACGCUAAAAUGACGGAAAUGAAAAAUAAAAUGCAAUAAAAAGAACAAAAGAACAACAACGCGUGCACAAGCCCGGUGAUGUUGAAAUGACGAUGGUGUAUUAAACGGGGCCUCUCAGCUGGUUUCUUUAUAUUAAAGUGGUUGUUACUCGCCCAUUCGUCUGCAGGCAUACUAACGACGAGCUGAUUGCUUUGACGUUACGACUGGUUGAAGGCGAUGUGAAGUGCUGAGGGAUGUAGUCAAAGUGAAUUUCGUGGAAGAAUUGUUGGAAUGCAGUAGGAAAUGAGUGAAAAGGAGAAAAUCAACCGGUUAGUUGUUUCGAAUGGCUGGCUAUAUGUACUUAGUAUGUUCAUACUUUACAGAACACAAAUUUUUGAAUAUAAAGAGGAAGGGAGUACUAACGAGGCGAAUGUCACAAAAGCUUCCCCGAUAUAAAGAAAGCCAGAAAAACCGAUUUGUAUUUGUAGGGCAGCAAGUAAACUAGCGAAGCAAGCUUAAAACUUGGAAAAGUAGCACGACAACUCCAAUCAACGAAGCAAAUAAAUAAAUAAUUGGAGCAGCGUCAUAUACGCUGUUACUUAUUGGCUACUAGUAGUCUACUGGUCACGAUCUUUGUUGAACCCCAAAAAGAAAGGAACAGGCGAUUUGAUAUCAACGGCAUUAUCGUCAUAGGCAUCGCCACUGGUAUCGCCACUGUUAUCGCCACCGUCGCUUCAUUGACAUCGCUGCUGCUACUGCUAUUUACAAAGUCGUUGGGAAGUGUCAAAGCAGAGAAACUGAAGACACGCCAAACGAAACAAAGGAGUGGGUGAUUGGGGAGGUAGGCAGAGCGCAUAGCAUACAUUAAAUCGCGUCGUAAGCUGUUCAUAUACUAAGCUAGUGAAGGUGCUAAAAGCGGCGUAUAGGUGAUAAAUUAGCUGCUGCAAACGUAGCGAAAAGCAAAACAUAAAAGUGAAUUAAAACCUUUUUAUUAGUCACCAAGCAAGCUGCUGGGGAAUACAGUGCAUAUGAUUACACUGUUUUCUUGAAACUAUUUGCUGGUUAAAAUUUAAUUUGCCCAUAAAUCAAACAACCAAAAUUUGCUGCUAUUUGGAAACAUCGCGUUAGGCCAACUGAUAAGGGCGAUAACCCAAAAGAGCUGUGCUGCAUUGCUAUUGGAAAUAUAGCCGUGACAGCGUAUUUAGCAGGCAGCAACUAAACUGAAAUAAACAAAACCGGACAUAGUAAUCACGUAACAUGGAGUCGGACGAGGAUUCGUACGAGAUGGAGAAUGUCGACUCUGGCAAUGUAUCAUCCGGAGACGAGGGCGAUGAAGAUUUUGGCAUGGAAGUCGAUAUACCCUCUUCACAUGAUCGUCAAAUGGAAACAGAGGAAUAUCAGUAUGAAGUGCUUACGACAGACGAAAUAGUACUGCAUCAGCGCGAAAUAAUCGAUGAGGUCAACAAUGUGCUCAAGCUGCCGCCCACAAUAAUCCGCAUACUGCUUAACCAUUACAAAUGGGAUAAAGAAAAGUUGUUGGAGAAAUAUUUUGACGGUAAUACAGAGGAAUUUUUCAAGGGCGCACAUGUCAUCAAUCCUUUCAACAAAGCCGCCAAUCCAAGUCGACUCAAGGUGAACAAAAACCCCGUCGAAGAAUGCGAAAUUUGCUUCUCAUUAUUGUCACCAGAUAGUAUGACUGGUCUGGAGUGUGGCCAUCGCUUUUGUUUGGCCUGCUGGCGUGAGUAUUUAACCACAAAGAUCGUCACCGAAGGUCUCGGUCAAUCCAUCUCGUGCGCCGCGCACGGCUGUGAUAUUUUAGUCGACGACGUAACUGUCACCAAACUAGUGGAUCCGCGUGUCAAAGUGAAAUACCAGCAAUUGAUCACAAAUAGUUUUGUCGAAUGCAAUCAGCUGUUGCGUUGGUGUCCGUCCGUCGACUGUACGUAUGCAAUCAAAGUGUCGUAUGGCGAUUCCCGUCCGGUGAGUUGCAAAUGUGGGCACGUCUUUUGCUUUGCAUGCGGCGAGAAUUGGCAUGAUCCGGUCAAGUGUUGUUGGCUGAAAAAGUGGAUUAAGAAGUGCGAUGAUGAUUCUGAGACAUCCAAUUGGAUUGCGGCCAACACCAAAGAGUGUCCUAAAUGUAAUGUGACAAUUGAAAAGGAUGGCGGCUGCAAUCACAUGGUGUGCAAGAAUCAAAACUGCAAACACGAUUUCUGUUGGGUGUGCUUGGGGUCGUGGGAACCACACGGUUCGUCAUGGUACAAUUGCAAUCGGUAUGAUGAGGAUGAGGCAAAAGCGGCGCGUGAUGCGCAAGAGAAGUUGCGCUCCUCGUUGGCAAGGUACUUGCACUACUACAAUCGCUAUAUGAAUCACAUGCAGUCGUUGAAAUUUGAGAAUAAACUGUAUGCGGCGGUCAAACAUAAAAUGGAGGAGAUGCAGCAACACAAUAUGUCUUGGAUCGAAGUGCAAUUCUUGAAAAAGGCUGUAGACAUACUCUGCCAGUGCCGCCAAACACUUAUGUACACUUACGUGUUUGCCUACUAUCUGAAGAAGAAUAAUCAGUCAAUGAUCUUUGAGGAUAAUCAAAAGGAUUUGGAAUCGGCAACAGAGAAAUUGUCCGAGUACUUGGAACGUGAUAUAACGUCGGAGAACUUGGCUGAUAUUAAACAAAAAGUGCAGGAUAAAUAUAGAUAUUGCGAGAAGCGUCGCAAGGUGCUGCUGGAUCAUGUGCAUGAAGGCUACGAAAAGGAUUGGUGGGAGUACACAGAAUGACGCGAAUCCUGGAUGGAUGAUUAAACAGCACCAAUAAAAAAAAAAUAUUUUGAUUCAAUAAGCAACAGAAAGCCGAGCAGGGAAUGAGCAAAGCAGCAAACCGACGACCAAAAAAAAAUAUGAAAAAUAGUUAAAAUGUCAGUCAAUAUCAAUCGAAUACAAAAUGCAAGAAGAAAUAAAAACAACAAAAUGAAACCAAACCGAUGAAAGGGCGAUCGCAUUUGGCAGUAUGUUGGUUGGGUAUGGAAAUAAGGGGACAGAGGAGAAGGAGAUAAGCGCGAAAAACUGUUGAAAACGGCAUACUCUACGGCAAGGCAGUGCCCAGAGACCAGGAGGCAUAGCAAGUACCAAAAAAGCAAUAAAAUGGCGGCAAACAACACUCAGUUGCAAAAUUGUUUUUUAGUAAAAAUUGUAAUCACCAUUACGCAAAAACAACAAACAAGGAAAAGUAAACAAAUUCAAACAAUUUUUUAGCAUUACAAAACAACACAUGAACAACAAAAACAAUCUUCCAACAUAUGUACGUAUGUAUACGCAAGUAAAUUACACGCGACAUUGCGGCCGAUUAGAGCUAGUAUAUAAACUUCAAAAGGAAAAAUGCCAUCGUUAGUCGCUUUGUUGUUGUUGUAGCACUGAGUGGUGUUAAGUUGCCUUGUCGGCCAAUUUGGCUCGUUUUACGACCCAGAAGGAUUUGUAGUUUUACGCUGAAAAGCUGUUGACAAAUGUGUAAUAGAAAUAUGAAAACCUUUGGGAGAUUCCGCAUGGUCGUCGACGGGCCUCAAUUCCAUGAAUCCGCCCGCACACACACGCACCGAAGUAUAGUCAAAUACGUACUCUGCUCUGCUCCAAUUCCCUCUACCCGAACAACUUGCUAGACACACACACACUCGAGUGCGCGUCUGCUUUGGUUUCUUUGGUAUGUCCGCGCAUUUCUCGAUCGCUAAUGAAAUUCCAACAUUGCUUGCUGUCUUUUUCAUCUCAUCGCUCUACAUGAUUAGUUUUUACUAAGCAAAUUAGCGUUAGAGUGGCGUUUUAAAUGGGACGACACUUGAGUAGUUAUGUAAAGCAAAAUAUAAACAAAAACAAAAAAUACAAUAAAAAGUUUUAAAUAAAAAAAAAAACGACAACAUCUUUAAUAAUGCAUAGCUGAUGCAUUAAGCUGAGCAAAGCGGCAGCGUGAACUAACAAGCGCGGGUUGAAAAAUUUUUAAAAUAUAUAAAAAAAAACAAAAAUAUUUCAAUAAAGAUGCGAAAAAGACUUGCCUGCUCACGUUGGUUGCAUUUUGCCGCAUUGAAUAAAUACGAUUUAUGUUAUAUAAAAUGUUUAGGAAAUGAAAGCAAACAAAUUUGUAAUAAUUUUUGUGUUUUUUUUUUCAAAGAAGAUGAACACAAAGAAAUGUUAAGUUUUUCUCUUAAUUGUCAUUAUUUUUACGUUGAUUUUUCUUGUAGUAGUGUAUAAAAUUGCAACUGUACCCUAAGCCGCUAACUCAUCCAACACUAACUCACUGGAAAACGAACACAAUAAAUAAAUAAAUAAUAGAAAACAGCAACAACAACAAUAUCAUGAAAACCUAAACGAAAGUAAUAAUAGAAAUUUACUAUGCAUAUUUUAGGCGCCAAUUUAUUAGUGGUGAGAGCAAGGAAACAAAAAAAAAACUAAAUCUUCGGAAAACAAGUUGGAAAUUUCUAUAAAAAAAUUUGUAACUAAAAAUUAGCUGGGUAAUAAUUCAGCUGUGCAAACUUAGUAGGUAUGCAGUUUGAAAAAAAUGAAAGCAACAUAAUUAUUGAUAAUAAAAACCACAUAAAUAGAGAUCAGAGUCCACAAUUAGAAAGUAACACAUUAGCAGUUAUGAGAACUUGUUUGAAACAAAAAA